AUGGGGCCGCCACCGGGCGCCCCUCAGCCCAGUCCUGCCAGGCUGCUCCUUCAGGAGGAGGGGCAUCUCAAGGCAGGCUCCCGGCCCAGCUACUCCAGCCCGCCAGGGACCCCUCAGCCCAGCCCACCAGGCCCGGUCCAACAGGCUGCCUGGGACGGCCACCACUGGCUAAGCCUUGCAGUCCUCGGCUUUUUGACAGAGAAAAUUGCAAAAUGCAGCAGCUUCUCCCUUCCGCGUCGUCUCUCCCUUCAGUCACUCACAACCCUCUCUUCUCUGACGCAGGCCUACCAUUCGAUGCUGAUGGACCCGGACACCAAACUGAUUGGGAACAUGGCCCUGCUGCCAAUUAAAAGUCAGUUCAAGGGUCCUGCGCCCAGAGAAACCAAAGACACAGACAUUAUCGAUGAAGCCAUCUACUACUUCAAAGCAAACGUCUUCUUUAAAAAUUAUGAAAUCAAGAAUGAGGCUGACCGAACCUUGAUCUACAUCACCCUCUACAUCUCAGAGUGCUUGAAAAAACUGCAGAAGUGUAAUUCCAAAGGCCAAGGAGAAAAAGAAAUGUACACCCUGGGCAUCACAAACUUCCCCAUUCCUGGAGAGCCAGGAUUCCCACUCAACGCUCUCUAUGCCAGACCCAGCAACAAGCAAGAAGACGAGGUGAUGCGAGCAUAUUUGCAGCAACUGAGGCAAGAAACUGGGCUGCGACUUUGCGAAAAGGUCUUUGAUCCCCAGAGCGAUAAGCCUAGCAAGUGGUGGACCUGUUUUGUGAAGAGGCAGUUCAUGAACAAGAGCCUGUCAGGCCCCGGGCAGUGAAGGGGAGCGGGAAGAGCUGUUUCGUUAAAGCACUUUGCUGCCAGAUUUACAAAUUUUUGCCUCUGUUUUAAUAUAUGUUUUCUACUGAGAGAGAGAAUAAGCAUUUUUGCAGGGGGAAAAAGGCCACCGACAGCAUGAAACGUGGAACCAAAAUCAUGUGCAAGUUUUCUUGUUAAGCUGGAGCUUAAUGACAGAUGAUAAUAAUAAAAAACUGGUUUCUAA